ACGAGCCCGGCCCGGGCGGCGGGAGCGCGGCCCGGGGCUGCGGGGGGAGGCGGCGGCGGAGCGAGGCGAGGGGCGGCCUCGCAGGGCGGAGCGGCGGGGAAGGCGAGCCGGCAGCCGGAGCGGGCGUGCGAACCCCACGGGCCGAGCGCCUGCGAGAGGGGGAGGAGGAGCCGCCCCGCCGCCCGGGGAUGGUGAGGAGGAGGCGGCGGCUGCCGGGAGCCCAGUGAGGCCUUCGCUCGGCGCCCGCCGCAGAGCCCGCCCGCCUCGCCGGCCGCCCCCUUCCCCCGCUCGCUCGCUCGCUGGCUCGCUCCCCCCUUCCCUCCCCUUCCCCUGACUCCCUCCCCAGCUCCCUUCCCCUGCCGCCGCCGCCGCCUCCUCCCCGGGUUCCAGCCAUAAAUAGCUGGAAAGGAGGAAAACGGAGGAAAAACCCUCGUCCCUCUUGUGGAGCCUUCUGCUGGAGUUCAAGAAUUUCAGCUGAGUGAUCUUUUGCCAUAAACUGGUUUUCAAGAGACAUUCCUGCCAUUAUGAAUGAAGUAGCGAUAGUGAAGGAAGGUUGGCUUCACAAACGAGGAGAAUACAUCAAAACAUGGAGACCGCGGUAUUUUCUGUUGAAGAAUGAUGGCACCUUCAUUGGCUACAAGGAAAGGCCACAGGAUGUGGACCAGCGGGAAUCACCUUUAAAUAACUUCUCAGUAGCUCAGUGCCAGCUGAUGAAGACAGAACGACCUAAACCAAACACAUUUAUCAUUAGAUGCCUCCAGUGGACCACAGUAAUUGAAAGAACAUUUCAUGUGGAGACUCCAGAGGAGCGGGAAGAAUGGACAAAAGCCAUCCAAACAGUAGCAGACAGCCUCAAGAAACAAGAGGAAGAGAUGAUGGAUUUCAGAUCUGGCUCUCCCAGUGAUAAUUCAGGUGCCGAAGAAAUGGAAGUUUCUAUGACAAAGCCAAAACACAAAGUGACCAUGAAUGAGUUUGAAUACCUUAAGCUACUGGGAAAAGGCACUUUUGGAAAGGUCAUUUUAGUUAAAGAAAAAGCAACUGGACGGUAUUACGCUAUGAAAAUUCUGAAGAAGGAAGUUAUUGUAGCAAAGGAUGAAGUAGCGCACACGCUGACAGAAAACCGGGUUUUACAGAACUCUCGGCACCCAUUCUUAACAGCCUUAAAGUAUUCCUUUCAGACACAUGAUCGCUUGUGUUUUGUUAUGGAGUAUGCUAAUGGAGGGGAGUUGUUUUUCCAUCUGUCAAGAGAGCGUGUCUUCUCUGAAGACCGAGCUCGGUUUUAUGGGGCUGAGAUUGUUUCAGCGCUGGAUUACCUGCAUUCAGAGAAGAAUGUGGUUUAUAGAGAUUUGAAGUUGGAGAAUCUUAUGCUGGAUAAAGAUGGACACAUAAAAAUAACAGACUUUGGACUAUGUAAAGAAGGCAUCAAGGAUGGAGCAACAAUGAAGACUUUCUGUGGCACUCCAGAGUAUCUUGCACCAGAGGUUCUGGAGGAUAACGACUACGGCCGUGCAGUGGACUGGUGGGGUUUAGGAGUUGUGAUGUAUGAAAUGAUGUGUGGCCGGCUCCCUUUCUACAAUCAGGACCAUGAAAAGCUCUUUGAACUCAUCCUUAUGGAGGAGAUCAGAUUUCCACGCACAUUGUCACCUGAAGCAAAAUCCCUCCUGUCAGGUUUGCUGAAGAAAGAUCCUAAGCAAAGGUUAGGUGGCGGUCCUGAUGAUGCCAAGGAAAUCAUGCAGCACAAAUUCUUUGCUGGCAUUGUUUGGCAAGAUGUAUACGAGAAAAAGCUUGUACCUCCAUUCAAGCCACAAGUUACAUCUGAAACAGAUACAAGGUAUUUUGAUGAAGAAUUUACUGCACAGAUGAUAACAAUCACUCCUCCUGACCAAGAUGACAGCAUGGAUUGUGUAGAUAACGAGAGAAGACCUCAUUUUCCUCAGUUCUCCUACUCAGCCAGUGGAACCGCUUAAUGUUUUGCCAUUCAGAAACAAAACAGACUGCAUUUUGGGGACCUUACUUCAAUGGACACUAGAGAACUUUCUAUAUUAUCAAGUUACAAACUGUGUUUGUAUUACGACUUAGAUGAAUUUGUAGGAAGCCUCACAGAUUCUGUAUUUAAAACAAUUCUUUGAUGCAUUUUUGAGAAGGAGAACAAAUCCAUUCUUUAAGUAUUAUGUCAAGGCUUUUAUGCUGAAUCACCAUAGGUUUUUAAGAAUAUACACCAAAACUGUUUACUUUAGAAAUAAUUAAGGUAUUCAACAUAUCAGCAACUCUUACCAGAAAAUCCCCUUAUUUUAUUUAUUUCAUACAGUUCAUUAUCUAAAUACAGAAUCUGCACUCUGAUCAAUUAGAUUUAUAUAGGAAGAUAUAAGACUUUAGUAGCUAGUGCAAUAAUAUAAGCAACAAAGUGAACAAACUCUGGAGGGUUAAAGUUCAAACUCACUUUGGACAGCAGUAAAGUGUCAUCCAACUCCAGAAAACCAACUAUAGGAACAGCAUUAAUGGCCUCAGUGAGGUAAAUCAAAAAGCAAAAGUUAUUUUUGUUAUAACAUCUGCUACAAGACAUUACAUAUCAAACUGAAUCCGGUGGGAUUGCCACGCCGUACAGAUGAGUAUUUCAUUCUAGGCAGUACAUUUAAUUAUUCCGUUUGCAUAGAAGCUAGGAAUACUUCAUAGGAUUGGCUUCUCAGAACCUAGAAAAUGCUUGAUUUACCAAUCUAAUAUGAAAGGCAACAACACAAAAUCACCCACUUCCACCACUGUACAGAAAUGCCACACAGGUCUAAGAGAGAAAUCAUCCUCAUGAGCGAGUCAGCCAGACACGAGUACAUUUGGCACUGAAGUAAUGACUUGUUGCCGCUUUUUUUUUUUUUUUUUUACGAAAAGAGAUAUGAAUAUAUAUAAACACUUAAUGAAUUUUUGCAUCAUGCCAGAUCAUUUCUUCUUUCUUGAGUGUGCAUUAAAGGUAUCAACCAACAGUUCAUGGUGCCUUCUCACUCUUGAAGAUUCAGUUUAACAGUGUUUCCCAUGUAUAAAAAAAACUAGGUUGAAACUUCAUAUGUGUUUGAAUAAUAAUGGUGUUCAAAAAGUGAACUCUUUUUUUGUUUUUCAUUUUUAAUCUUAGUGGGAAAUUCCCCACACCCUAUUUUUGUUGUAUCAUGUUUCUUUGUAAUUUUCAUAAAAGCAGUCUUAUUCUGUCUCUGCUGCAAAUAAAGUUAUUCCAUUGUAGGUUGCGUUCUUUAAA